AUGGACGAUCGGGACAGCAACGGCCUCAGCGUCAUUCAAGGCGAAGCAGAGGGUCGGCUUGUGUUCUCCGAUGUUCCUCUGAGCUUCAUGAUGGGAGUUGAUCCGAAAACUGGCAUCGUAGCCGAUACCCAUCAUCCGCUCCACGGCACACCCCUCAAAGACUCAAUCCUGGCAAUACCAUGCGGCCGCGGCUCUUGCUCUGGAAGCGGCGCUCUUCUCGAACUCAUUCUUACAGAUAACGCCCCUUUGGCGUUGAUAUUUCGAGACACGGAGAUGAUACUCACGCUGGGGGUUAUGGUUGCAGAGGCCCUGUUCGGCCGCCGCAUACCGAUCGUUUUCUUGCGAGACCGUGACAAAUUCGAACUCUUGCGCGACGCAUCGCAUGUCAAGAUCGCCGAAAGAAGCUUGACAAUCACUCCAGGAAACAUGCAAAUAUCCCUUGAACCUCAGAGCACAAAGGGUAUCAACCUGACUCCACUAGAUCAAGAGUUCCUCUCGGGUCAGCAUGGGGAAGCAAGCAAAAUCGCCAUGGAAAUCAUCGUUGCUUUUGCCGCUACACAAGAAGCAGAGCGGCUAGUCGACGUCUCACAAGUGCACAUUGACGCCUGUGCCUACAACGGAAACAGCAGUCUCCACGUACCUGAGCAUCUCCUCUCUCUUGGUGGGAGGUUUGUCGUUCCAUCCACGUGCAACUCGCUCAACGUCGACAGACUACGAUGGAGGGAACUAGGCACCACUUCGGAAGCCGCGAUGAUAGGAGACAAGAUCGGCGAAGCUUAUCUCAAGCUGGGAGCCAAGUUGAGCUUCACCUGCGCGCCAUACCUCCUCGACAGCAAACCCAAGGCUGGAGAGCAGGUCGGCUGGUCCGAGUCAAAUGCAGUCGUGUUCGCAAACAGCGUUCUGGGAGCCCAUACGCAAAAGUACCCCGACUACUUCGACGUCUUCAUCGCUCUCACCGGCAGAGCCCCUUACGCCGGGUGUCACACUCCGGAAGGACGGAAGCCAGACGUCGUCAUUCAAGUUCCCCAGCUUCAAGAUUACGACCAGUCGCUUUUUCCUCUUCUCGGAUACCACGUUGGAAACAUCGUGGGUGGAAGAAUCCCAUUCAUUGUCGGAAUAGACGAGACUCGUCCCACUAUUUCGGACUUGAAAGCAUUCGGGGCAGGUUUUGCAACGACUUCGUCAGCACCGAUGUUCCAUAUCAGAGGGGUCACACCGGAAGCAUCGUCAUUCGAAGCAGGAACUGCGGGCCUCGAGCAUGUCAACCUUGAAUUCGAUGGCCUCCAACAGUCCUGGAGACAACUCAACACAGCAUCGGAGCACUCCGUGGACAUGGUGUCGUUGGGCAACCCCCAUUUCUCCGUGGAAGAGUUCGCCCAACUCGCUGAUCUCUGCCGAAACAGGAGGAAAUCGCCAAGCGUGGGGUUCGUCAUAACAACAAGCCGAGACGUCUACCAACAAGCCCUCAAGUCGGGCUACCUCGACACGCUGGAGGUGUUUGGUGCCCAGUUUAUCACGGAUACCUGCUGGUGCAUGAUAGAGGAGCCUAUUGUUCCGGUCAAGGCGAGACAUAUCAUGACGAACUCUGCGAAGUAUGCGCAUUAUGGGCCUGGGAUGCUGGGAAGGAGCUUUCAUUUCGGAGACGUGGUUGCGUGCGUCAACGCGGGGUGCACGGGAUUUCGAUCGGAGCAGGAAUCUGCACCGUCGUGGUUGUUUAGUUCAAUCUUUGCAGGCGUCACGUAA